AAUGAAGAAAAGUCUCAAAUCUCUUGUGCAACUUUAACUUCCUAGUGAAGAAUGAGCCGCCUGGUUUGAGUCAAAUACUGUAAAUGGCUUGAAGUCAACUCUCAACCAACAGCUCUGCUAAAAAUUUCCCCUUGCCUGCAUCACAUGGCGUGUGCAUUUCUUUGAGUUGAGGGUGACUCAUUCAUUCAGACUGCGCCGCCAGAAAAAAGAUGGAGAAAGAGAGAGAGAGAGAGAGAGAGGUGAACUACCACUGUUGCCAAACUUGAGGCCAACCUCUCUCCUCCCAGCUCAUUCUUUCCUACAUGGGCACUCACUCACAGAUGAGUUUGCCGACAGCCUGACAGACUGAACACUGUUCGGAGAACGAAGGCAGACGCUGUGAUCGCAAGAGGACAAAGAAGAUUACCAGACAAGCUGCAACGUAUCAGGAGCAGAGUUUUUUCUCUUCCCGUCACCAGCUUCCAAAAGGUAAAAGUUCCUGUACAAACUUUGAAAGGCGUCUUUUGUGCAAGAACAUUACUUUUUUGGGUGGAGUCGAUGACGCCGCCCAUGUCUUUGACUGAUCUUUGCCCUUACAACCUUUCAAUUUGCCGUCGCGAAUUUGUUGCGUUAAGAUUUAUAUUAUAAUAACAGUGUUGAAUGUUGAAUGAUGAUUUGCAGACUGAACUGCGUGAACAACUUUUGCCCCCCUCAUAAUUAAGUCUCGUAAAAGUCUAGUAUUUGCUCAAAUUUAACAAAAUCCUGUACAUUUAUUGUGCUUGAUCUAGAGAAGGCAUAUAAUCAUAUUUGCCUCUGCAACAGUAACACAUAGGUGCAAUGGCGACACCCAAAAACACUCCGCGAGGUGCAAACACACCACUGUCCCCCAACCGCAUCACCCGGCUCCAGGAGAAGGAGGACCUGUGCAACCUCAACGACCGCCUGGCCGUGUACAUCGACAAGGUCCGCUCGCUGGAGGCCGAGAAUGCCGGCCUGCGCCUGCGCAUCACCGAGUCCGAGACGGAGGUCAGCCGUGAGCUGACCGGCCUGAAGGCCGCCUACGAGGCCGAGCUGGCCGACGCCCGCCAGACCCUGGACUCCGUGGCCAAAGAGCGAGCCCGCCUGCAGCUGGAGCUGGGCAAGGUGAGAGAGGACUACAAGGAGCUGAAAGCCAGGAACACCAAAAAGGAGUCCGAAUUGUCGGCGGCGCUGCAGAGGCUCAAAGACCUGGAGGCGCUGCUGAACUCCAAGGAUGCGUCUUUGACCACGGCUCUGGGAGAGAAGCGCAACCUCGACGUGGAGAACAGGGACCUGAAGGCCCAGGUUGCCAAGCUGGACACCAGCUUGAGCGAUGCAAGGAAGCAGCUGCAGGACGAGAUGCUGAGGAGAGUGGACGGAGAGAAUCGCAUCCAGACCCUGAAAGAGGAGCUCGAGUUCCAGAGGAACCUGCACUCUGAGGAACUGCGGGAGACCAAACGGCGCCAUGAGUCUCGCAUGGUGGAGUUGGACAGCGGGCGCCAGGAGGAGUUUGAGAGCAAGCUGGCUGAGGCGCUGGUGGAAAUGCGUAGCCAGCACGAACUGCAGAUCAAAAUGUACAAGGACGAGAUCGAGAAGACCUACAAUAACAAGCUGGACUGUGCCCGUCAGUCGGCGGACAGGAGCAGCCACCUGGUGGGAGCGGCGCACGAGGAGCUGCAGCAGACCCGAAUCCGCCUGGAGUCCAUGUCGGCUCAGCUCAGCCAGCUGCAGAAACAGCUGGCGGCCCGCGAGGCGAAGGUGAGGGACCUGGAGGACGCGCUGUCCCGGGAGCGGGACACCACGCGGCGCCUGCUGGGAGACAAAGAGAGGGAGAUGGCCGAGAUGAGGCAGCGGAUGCAGCAGCAGCUGGACGAGUACCAGGAGCUCCUGGAUGUCAAGCUGGCUCUGGAUAUGGAGAUAUGUGCCUACAGGAAGCUGCUGGAGGGAGAGGAGCAGAGGCUGCGGCUGUCCCCCAGCCCUCCUCCCACCAAAGUGGCGGGGAGUCGUUCCUCCGCCUCGGCGGCGGCAGCUCACUCCCGCACAGUCCACUGCAGCGCCCAGACCUCGCCCGCCAAGAGGCGCCGGCCCAACGACACCGACAGCGAGGCGUCCAGCUUCGCCGGGGGGGCCGUGGCUCGCACUCGCAUCACCCAGCAGGCGUCGGCCAGCGGACGGGUCACCGUGGACGAGGUGGACCUGGACGGGAAAUACGUCCGACUCGGCAACAAGGCAGACGAGGAUCAGAAUUUAGGGAGUUGGCAGGUGAAGCGGCAGGUGGGAUCGGGUGCAGCAAUCAGCUUCAAGUUCCCGGCUAAAUUCACCCUGAAGGCCGGGCAGAGGGUCACGAUCUGGGCCUCUGGCUCCGGCAGAGCCCACAAUCCUCCCUCUGACCUGCUGUGGAAGACUCAGCCGUCCUGGGGCACCGGAGACUCGUUCCAGACCACUCUGAUCAACGCCAAUGGAGAGGAAAUGGCAAUGAGGAAAGUCACCCGCACACAGUUUGAAGAUGAGGACGAUGACAUGGUGGCUCACAGCACUUGCGGGGACAGUGAGUACAACCUGCGGAGCCGGACCGUGGUCUGCGGCUCCUGCGGACUUCCCUCAGACAAAUCGGGCCACUGCUCCGUGAGCUCGGCCUCCCGCUCCUUCCGCAGCAGCGGCGGCGGCGGCUUCUCCGAGGGGCUGAUGCCACACUCCUAUGUGUUCAGCAGCAGCACUCCUCGCAAGACUGGGGCCAGGGUGGAGAGCUGUCCAAUCAUGUGAGCCCCUGGAUCCAUGUUGAAACACCCAGUUAGUUUUUUUGUUAUUUAGUUCUUCAGUUACUUUAGUUGUAGUUUUGAAAAGUUCAGUCCCUGUAUGUUUGAAUAGUUUUUUUUCAAGAUACUGUAUGCAAUAAAACUUUAUACUGCUUUUUUUUAUAAUGUACAUAGGCAUGCAUAUGAUUUAUUUUCUUGAAUUGAAAUGGUGAUGUAAGCAGACAUUUUUUAUUUGUAUUGGUGACAUUAAGAAUUGGAAGUUUUCCACCUGUCAGUUAAAGAAGAACUAGCUAUUUUAACAUUUUAAGAGCUUACAUAAAAAUGUUUGGGCAAAUUUAUUCUAAAAAUAAAAUGGCUACAGGUAAAUGAGUGGUAAGUGAUAUUCACAGCUACUGUAGCUGUUGGAUAUUAAUGGUUGAAUAAGAUUUUCAUUAUGUUUCCUUAACGUACCGACGCAGCAGGGCUGCAGUGAAUUCAAGUGAACUCACUUAUUUUUGAGUAAAGUUUUUCUCAAGUAAAUUGACCCCAACCAUGCAACAAAUCCACAGGAUAUUGUUGAAUUUUUUGAUGAUAUUAAUAAACAUGUUUUCAGAAAUCUG